AUCCUCCGGGCCAGUGCCGCCGCGCUGACGAGGGACCGUCGUCACCCUCUAGUUCACUAGUUCCCUUCAGCGACCUCGCUGAGAAUUCUGUAAGGCUGAGCAAGGAUUCGACAGCACAGGCUACGCCUUUCCAGGAAAGCUUCCUCGGAGUAUUUCGUGAGCAGGGAGGCGGGGCUGCGCGAUGUCUCGCGGUCGAUUCGUUUGACCUCGCGGGAUCUCGUUCCAGCAGCGCUCUCUGGGAGCACCGAGGGGGCUUUGGCACGCCGCCAUCACGACGUGUGCGCCUCCGCUCGCGUGAGAUCGUGGGCGCAGCAGAGCAGCUGGGCUGACAUCUUUUUGACGCAUCACGAUGGGUUCCAGGAAGACUUUCUCUAAGGAGUUCAUGACGAGGGACCCCGUCUAUAAAACAAGACGUUCUCCCUCGUCUGGGAGCUGCCUUUCCUAUUCUCAUCAGUAUGAACAGCUUCAACCCGCCUCGUCCACACAACCAACGAAAACACAAGAAUAUCCUCUCCCCUCGGCUUCACAAACACUCUUAGUCACAACCACCACCACCACCACAAAAAUGCAGUUCGCAAACAUUCUCCUUGCCGCCCUCGCCGGCGCCGCCUCCGUCUCGGCACGUACAACCCCCACCGCCCGCCGCCAAGCAGGCGCCUCUGCCCACCCGGGCUGCCGCAUCGUCCCGGCCUCGGACCUGAACUUCGGAGUCGCGGACCUGACCUCCGGCACUGUCGUCACGAAGGUCCUCACCUUCCCCGUCGGCCCCUCCGCCGCGGGGCCCUGCCAGCUCGUCGGCGCCUUCGCCCGCGGCUUCCCCAUCGAUCAGGGCGGCGGCGCCCUCGCGCGCCUCGACGUCCGCGCCCUCGGGGGCGACGCUCCGGGGAGCCUCGUCGGCUCCUUCGGCCCGCUGCAGGUCAAGGACGACGUCGUGGCCCGCGAUACUCUGCAGGUCAUCAACAGCUUCCAGUGCGCCGAGAGCCUGAGCUUCGAGUUCGAGGUCGCCAACGACGCCGGGGUCGAGGAGGACAUCAACGUCACCUUCACGGCGUCGGCGCUCGGCGGCUUCUUCGUGCAGGUCGGCGACCAGUGCAACUGA